CCUGCCUGGCCUCCCGGCCCCGUCAGCUGCGAAGCGCAAAACCCAAAGCGCCACGCGGGGCUCGCCGGGCCCUGCGCGGUGCUGGAGGAGCAGAGCUUUCUGCUGGAAUAACCGUUAACGUUCUCCUUGGCAGGCGAGCUUGCUGUUGUGUUGGUCGUGUCUCUUUGUUGCUUCCAAGAUAAAUAAGAUAAAUCGGAUAAAUAAACGAGACUUAGAGACGCACAACGUUGAGGCGUCUUGUAUUCAAGGGGAAGCUGCUGUAGGGGUGAUGAAGAAAUACCGGGUGCGUAUCGGCAGCGCGCUCGCGCUGCCACUGCCAGCGAAUUGUCCUCCAACGUAGGUGUCCGUGCGCCCCACCUGCCUGCGGUGCAGGAGGCUCCUGCCUUCGUCCUCCCCUCCCUGCCCGUGUGGCCGGGUUGCUUUGCCCGGAUGAGGUCAGGCGGUUACACAACGCAGACCUGCCGCGUGGCCGUGCUGGUCACCGUGUUGCCGUGGCUUCAUUUUUGUCAGUAUUGGGCUUUUUACAUGCAAUUUUGGUUGCUCCAAAGUAUUAGCAACUUUAUUUGCACAAUCGAUGAAUACACAAAUUCUGUUCUUCCUGAAUACCUGCUGAGGUGGUUGGCUGUUGCUUGGUGGUUUGUGUUUGGUUCCUUUUUUUUUUUCUUUUUUCUUUUUUUUUUUCCCUGCAGUAAAUCAGCAGCAGUGGAUUUGCAGAGGAGGAGGAAGGAAUACUGGCCCUAGGUGUCUGGUCGGAGUUCUGCUCGAGCACAAAGCAGACGUUCCACGUGCAGACCUGUCGGCUGGGAGGUGCGCGUGCCGGUACUGUAAGGUGACCUGAGAUACGGAGCCCUGGGUCGUGCUGGAGCUGCGCAGCAGUGCCCGUCAAAGCAGUGCCUUCGGUGUCCCCUGGGAGCCCUCCUCAGGGAGCCGCUCUGCCGCUCAGGUCACGCCCGUGAGUCACGGCUGCUCGCACCGGCUGGAUUUCACCCCGCGCCUUAGUCACUUUUUGAGGUAGAGAGGAAGUAGAUAGGAAUCUGUGGCUAAAGAAUAAUGGAGAUAAUUGCAGAGUUAUCGUUACCAGCCCCUGCAACGUCUCUCAUCCGGAGCAUUUGGAGGCCGGCGUGUGUCAGUGCCGGCUGCGGCCGGUGCCACCUCUGGGCGCUCGGGUCCGGUCGCGUGCCAGGCAGAGACCGGGGAGCUGUGGUCACCGAGGGGCUGCGCAGGGAGCGACCCAGCGCUCUGGUGGCUGGAGAGGGGCUUUAGGAGGCAAAUCUGGCAUGCUCUGUGUGACCUGGCUGUGGAACUACGGCAUUUACACCUGCAGAAAGGUGACCCUGGAUUUUUGGGGAUAGAUUUUCCAAGGCACGCCAGCUCCCCGCAGCACCCGGGCCAUGCUGGGGGUCCCACGGCAGCGCCGCAUGCCCGCGGGCGGUGCGGGAAGCAGCAGGGCGCAGGGGCGGUGCAGUGCGGGGCCCUGCUCAGCACCGCCGGCUGCAGCAGCAAUGCAGCCUGGGCACCUGCCCGGGUAGACCCUGGGGCUGUGACGCACGGAGUGCGGGAACGUGGCAGACACGGGAAGUUUGCAGGGAAAUAGCACCGGAAUUGAGUCACGGCCACAAGGAGUGGAGGAAGCCUGCACUUAGAGCACGGAGCCUUCCUCCCACGCAGGUUGGGCAGCACACGGGCCCUGCACCUUCCCACUUCCAGGCACGCAGGCCCCGCACUGCCCCGCGCGUUGCCUUUUGCAACUGGCUGUGCUGCGGCACGGAGUGUUCUGUCUGUCAAGAGAACUUUUUCCUUCUGUUUUUAAAGCGUAAAAAGUUACAAAACCAACAGCGCAAACGUGCGCGUGGAGCGCUGAGCUCCUCGGGGCGAUGGGACGCUCCUUCACGCCUUCCAGAGCACUGCUUGGAGCUGGGAAAGCGCCCCCCAGGGGGAAAGCACUUUUGGCAUCAUAAACGCCUGCGAAGGGGAAGACGCCUGCGAAGAACAGACCAAAGUGGGCCUCGAGGGAGGGCUGGGUCACGGCCUCAAGCGGCGGUAAAGCCUCCGGGGGCUGCCUGCAGCGUGCGGCCGGGCUGUCCAGCAUCCUCUCCCACUGCUCCGUGGCGGCACAGCCGGGGUGCUGCCGGCGUCCCGAGUGUCUCCGGAGCGAGCGGCGUUGCGGCGGGACGUGGGAGGUUCCCGGGGCCGCCUCCUCGGCCCUCGCCGCCUCUCCCAGGGGGGAACCUUAAAUCCCCGCCCGGCACCGCCCGGGCACUCGCGCCGGCAGCAUGCGGGCGAGCGGCAGCCUCCUGCUGGGGCUCCUGGCCCUGAGCGCCCCGCUGCACGCCGCGCCUGCCGCAGGGGUGUCCGGAGCAGCCUCCGCCGUCCCCGCGACUCGGCCGCAGCCGGAGGACGCCCCGCGCCGGGAGGAGCCCGACCCCGCGGCCGGGGGGCAGCAGCCGGGGGCAGAGCGGGGCAGCGCGGAGCAGCGCCCGCACGGGGCAUGGCCGGCGGCCGCCAGGCCUGUGCCAGGGACCGGAGCCGAGAGCGGGGGGAAGCCCACGCCGGGGAGCAAACCUCUGCUGCGGGAGAAGCCGGAGACUGAGAAGAAACCCAGUGCGGGGAAGAAGCCAGCGUGCGGGGGGAAGGCGGAGGCUGGGGAAAAGCCAAAGACUGUGUCAAAGCCAGGAGCAGCGGGGGAAACGCAGAGCGCAGGGAAAACGGAGAGCAGGGAAAAGCCGGAGGCUGGGGGGAAGCCGGAGGCUGGGGAGAAACCUGUGGUGGCAGAGAAGCCAGAGGCAGGAGGAAAACCAGAGGCUGGGGGGAAGCCGGAGAGUGGGGAGAAGCCCGAGUCGGAGGAGAAACCCGAGUCUGACCAUGGUGACAGCGAGGAGGGUGAUGACGGCGACGGCGACGAUGACGAUGACGACGAGAAAAACGAGCAUGAAGAUGAGGGUGAGGAUGAUGAUGGCUAUGAUGAUGACGAUGAUGGCUAUGGUGAUGAUGAUGAAGAUGAUGGCGAGGGUGGCGAUGACUAUGGAGAUGAUGACAGAUACGGUGAUGAUGAUGACAGUGAAGAAUACGGUGGGGGUGACGGCAGUGACGACGCUUGGUGACCGAUGCUGCAGGGUGAGGAGCGCCUGUGGCGGGUGGGCGCGUGGGGCGGCCGCCCCCUGCCUCCGUCUCUGCCUCACUCUGCCAGGGCUGGUCCUGGGCACCAACGUCGCUUUGGGCAGGACCUUCUCUUUCCUAAUAAAUCCCACGUUGGCAACUGGCUCAGCACGACAAGCUGUCCCUUGUCACAGUGCCUGGCAUGGCACGGCCAUCUGGGGCAGCCCCAGCCCUGCCCAGGUGAUGCUGGAGAUCCCACGCCUGGGGUCCUUUGUGGAGACGUGAUUCUGACACCGAGGCAGAGCCACAGGGACGGCGCAGCCCAGGCUCACGUCCGGGACCAGCAGAGCUUCCCUGGGCCAGGAGAGCCCCCAGCGGGGUCCCCACAGCUCCCUGGGGCUUCCUGGCACCAGGGCACCUCCCAAAGCAGCC